CAUCAUUAAAAACGAGUCUGGAUCGGAUCAACGAUUAUUCAACUACAAAACCUUGAAACCAAGUAACUGAAAGAUGACCAACAUGGCUGCCGAUGACAAGAUUAAUGUCAAUGGAAUCCGCAUUUCGCUAGCUUUACUCGAAUCUGAACCGAAAAACCAAAAUAGCAAAGGACAAUAUCUAGCUGCUGGAAUGGCACUUAUCACGUUUGGUCUAAUGCUUUGGACGAUUCUUGGAGUAACUUGUGCAAAUAGAAUAGUGAACGCAUAUUACUUUAAAGAAACUCUUUGCCACGUUGUGGAACAGGAUAGCUAUAUCAUCAAGAAUCAGACAUGCCAAUGUGUAGAGGUAACAGAGUGCCAGUCAUAUUACCCAUGCAUACAGUUGAAGACUGUGUUUCACACGAUAAACGAUAAUAACAAGGUUAUAACUAAACAUGGAAUAUUGUACAAUACAAUCUAUGACGUGAAGUCUGAGUGUUCAUAUUCGCCGCGAUGCUCUACAAAGCAACAAAGCAACGUCAGAGCUACACAUUUGUUUCUUAGCAGUCUCCUAGGUAACAGGAACAUCACCUGCUACUACAACCCCGCUGACCACAAAGAAGUCAUCCUCAAACAUGAUAGUCACGUGAUGGACUUGUUCCACGCCCUUCUGUGGCCGUUCAUAUUUGUUUUGUCUGGAGUUAUGAUGUUUUACAAGUAUUGCAGGUCAUUACAAAAUAAAAAAUACUAAAUAUAGAUUUGUGGGUGUUACAAUGGUGUUGUCUUGUCACUAUGCCCAGCAAUACAGCACAGCACAGCACAGCACAGUACCAUUCGGCCAUGCAUUCAUUCCAUUUACGUCAUGUCUAUCUAAGUCUGUUGCUAUGUUCGGUUCUAUAAAUUCUGUUAACGAG